AUGCUGAUACAUAUCAGAAGUCCUCGUCCUCGAAAGAUCUUGGCUUUAGCUCGUCAUGUUUUUCCUUCUUCUAAUGCGUACUUCUCCGUCUCUUCCCUACCGUCUCAGUUUUCCCCGGACGAGGUGGCGGCUCAGGAUAUCGCAUCUUUGCUAAAAACCCCCAACUGGGAGAAGAACAGUUCUCUGAAAUCCCUAGUCUCCCACAUUAGCCCACAUGUCGCUUCGCAGGUUAUUUCGCUUCAAAGCAGCGAUACCGACAUUUGCCUGCGUUUUUUCCUGUGGGUCUGCAAGCAUUCCUCCUACUGUUUCGAGCCAGGUCAGAAAAUCCAGCUCCUGAAACUGAUAGUUUCUUCCGGUUUGUAUCGAGUUUCGCAUGAUGUCGCUGCCGCGUUGAUCAGGGAAUGUAGUAGAUGCGAGAAAGAGAUGUUGGAACUAGUGGGUUGCUUUGAUGAGCUGAGAGAUGAUGCUGGAUUCCGGUUAAAUUACCCUUGUUACAGCUCUCUUCUGAUGUCCUUGGCGAAACUUGAUCUAGGGUUCUUGGCUUACCUGACUUACAGAAGAAUGCAAGCUGACGGAUUUGUUGCUGGCAUGAUUGAUUACAGAACCCUUGUCAAUGCUCUGUGCAAGAAUGGGCUCACGGAAGCCGCUCAGAUGUUUAUGUGUAAGAUUCCUAAAAUUGGGUUUGUGUUAGAUUCUCAUAUAUGCACUUCGUUGCUGUUGGGAUUUUGCCGUGGGUUGAAUCUUAGAGAUGCGCUCAGGGUGUUUGAUGUAAUGUCCAGAGAAGAGACUUGUGCGCCAAACUCGGUUAGUUACUCCAUUUUGAUUCAUGGGUUGUGUGAAGUGGGGAGGCUCGAAGAAGCCUUUGGCUUAAAAGAUCAAAUGCCUGAGAAAGGUUGCCAACCAAGCACACGUACGUAUACUGUGCUUAUCAAAGCCUUGUGCGAUAAGGGUUCGAUUGAGAAAGCUUUUAACUUGCUUGAUGAGAUGAUUGCUAGAGGGUGCAAGCCAAAUGUUCACACCUACACCGUUUUGAUUGAUGGGUUGUGUAGAGAGGGAAAGAUUGAAGAGGCUAAUGGGAUUUGUCGAAGGAUGGUUAAAGACGGGAUAUUUCCAAGUGUAGUAACUUACAAUGCGUUGAUAAAUGGUUACUGCAAAGAUGGGCGGAUUGUUCCCGCUUUUGAACUUCUUGCUGUAAUGGAGAAGAGGGCUUGCAAACCAAAUGUCAGGACUUUCAAUGAGCUUAUGGAAGGGUUGUGUAGAGUCGGGAAACCAUUCAAGGCCGUGCACCUUUUGAAGAGAAUGGUUGACAAUGGCCUGUCACCUACCGUUGUGAGCUAUAACGUUUUGAUCGAUGGGAUUUGUAGAGAAGGCCAUAUGAAUGUGGCGUACAAGCUACUUAGCUCGAUGGACUCAUUUGACCUUGAGCCGGAUUGUCUCACAUUUACCGCUAUAAUCAAUGCUUUCUGCAAACAAGGGAAGGCUGAUGUAGCGAGUUCGUUCUUGGGUUUGAUGCUGAGAAAAGGAAUAAAGCUAGAUGAAGUUACAUGUACAGCUCUUAUAGAUGGCUUCUGUAAAGUCGGUAAAACCCGGGAUGCGUUGUUUAUCCUGGAGACGUUGGUUAAGAUGAGAAUAUUGACAACUCCUCACUCCCUGAAUGUGCUUCUUGAUGUGCUCAGUAAAGGUUGUAAAGUGAAAGAGGAAAUGGCUAUGCUCGGGAAAAUCAAUAAGCUUGGUUUAGUUCCUUCUGUGGUGACUUACACAACAUUGGUUGAUGGGCUGAUUCGAUCAGGUGAUAUUAGCGGCGCCUUGAGGAUGCUAGAACUGAUGAAGUUAAGUGGUUGUUUGCCGAAUGUCUAUCCAUACACAAUCAUCAUCAACGGUCUUUGCCAAUUUGGAAGAGUCGAGGAAGCAGAGAAGCUUUUUUCUGCUAUGCAAGGUUCAGGGGUUUCACCAAACCAUGUUACUUAUACAGUUAUGGUGAGAGGAUAUGUCAAUAACGGGAGACUAGACUGUGCUCUUGAAACCAAGGGUGUUGAUAAUUCAGAUGAGACUACUCUUAAAGAAACCGAUCAUGAAUGUGUCAGCAAACUCAUAUCUAUGGUUAAACAACUCGGCGGGUCUACCAGCGGAUUAUGUGAUUUCUUGGUCACACGGGCAUGCAAAGAAGGAAGAACGGAUGAGUCCAACGAACUGAUCCAGACGAUGCUCAAGAGCGGUGUUUAUAUUGAGAAGGCCAUAGACACCAUCGUAGAGUCUUAUUGUAGCAGGAAGAAACACAGCAAGUGCCUGGAGCUGAUCACACUUGUUCUCGGAACUGGAUUUGUCCCGAGUUUCAAAUCCUUGUGCCUAGUGAUUCAAGGUUUCAAGAAGGAAGGAGAUACCGAGCUGGCACGUGAGCUCGUAAUGGAGCUUCUGAGCUCAAAUGGGGUUUUAGAGAAAGCUGAAGUGUUACCUUAUGUUGAGUGUCUCAUGGAAGGAGAUGAAACUGGUGAUUGCAGUGAAGUUAUGGAUUUGGUUGAUCAAUUGCACUGCAAAGAAAGACCCAUCUUCUAA